UGAUCUUUGUGCCAUAACCAUCCUGUGGGGCGGAUCCAGUCACAGUCAUGUUCCAGCCUCGAUCCUUCUUUCACUUUUGAAGCUGAUGGAUGUGCCAAGAGAGGACGGGGCUUCCAUUCAAUAUAAAAUGCAUUAACUGAAUGAAAAGCUCAGGGGCAGGCUGGAGUUAACCCCUGCGGCUCCCUGACCCCUCCGGCGGGAUGGAUUUUACAGCCGGGGAAAGGGAACCAGCCACUUGGAGCAGGAGCUCUGCCUAGAGAAUGGCUCUGGGUGCUAGCGAAGCUGGGAGCCCCGUAGAGAGACUGGAACGGCUCAGAAACGACUCCACAGGACACCGCAGACCAAGCUUCGAUGAUGGGGAAGGUUCCCUCGUUCUCCCCCAGCUCCACAGUGAGCUCCGCUCUGCCCGGCUACGUCGCUCUCUGCCUCACUCUACAGGUUCACAGGCUGGUGUCAGCACAAUUCACAGUGACUGGACCUGACGAUCCAGUCAUUGCCUCCCUAGGUGGGGAGGCCAUUCUGUCCUGCCACCUCUCCCCCAGGAUGAGCGCUGAGAACAUGGAGGUGAGAUGGUUCCGAUCCAAGUACUUUGAAGUCGUGCACCUGUACCGUGAUGGGCAGGAUCAGUACGGAGAGCACAUGCUGGAAUAUCAAGGAAGAACUGAGCUCUUGAAAGACGAUAUCACCAAUGGGAGAGUUUCCCUGAGAAUACACAAUAUCCGACCCUCCGACAAUGGGCAAUACACGUGUUAUUUUGAGUCCAGUGUCUCUUAUGAAGAAGCAUUUAUGGAACUGCAGGUGGCAGGUUUGGGCUCUGAUCCUGUCAUCUCUGUGGAGGGACAUCAGGAUGGAGGGAUCCGGGUGGUGUGUCGAUCAUCUAGAUGGUACCCAGAGCCGGAGGCUCAGUGGAGAGAUCUCCAGGGGAAGAUCUUACCAUCAGCCUCUAAAGAAAUAACCCCAGAGGCCGAUAGCCUGUUUCAAACAGAAAUUGCCAUUGUUCUAACAGAAGAGUCCAACCAGAAAGUGUCCUGCUGUGUCACGAACCUCCGACUCAACCAAAAGAGAGAGUCAGCGAUUUCAAUAGCAGAGAUUCUGCGAUCUGAGAUGGAGAGCGAGAAAGAGACCCUGCUGUCUGAACGGGAACGAGAGAAAGAGACCCUGCAAGCUGCAAUGAAGAGGCAGAAAGGGGAAUACGAGGCAGUGAAAGAACUGGGACUCGCCAGAGCCCGAGGAUACGCAGUGGGCGUGACUCUGGAUCCAGACACAGCUCAUCCCAACCUCGUCCUGUCUGAGGAUCAGAAACAUGUACGACAUGCAGCCUGGGAUCCGCCCAACAAGUCUGAGGGAUUUGAGCAUGAUAUCUGGGUCCUGGGCACUGAGGGGUUCACGGGCGGGAGGCGUUACUGGGAGGUGGAGGUGGGAGGCAAGACAGGCUGGUACCUGGGGGUUUGUAGGGAAUCUGUGAGCAGGAAGGGGAAGGUCACUCUCACACCUGUGAAUGGGUACUGGGUCGUGUGCCUGAGGGCCAGGGUAUACCAGGCCCUCACCUCCCCCUCGACCUCCCUCCCCGUGAGCAUCAGGCCCAGCCGGGUGGGGAUUUUCCUGGACUAUGAGGCGGGCGAGGUCUCGUUUUACAAUGUGACUGACAGGUCCCGUAUCUUCACUUUCACUGACACCUUCGCUGGGACGCUCCAUCCUUAUUUCAGUCCUGGUUACUAUGUUUGGGGUAAAAACGCAGCUCCCCUGAAAAUCUGCCCCGUCCCAGCUCAGGCCGGAGGGAAUCUCUGUCCCUGACAGUGACCCCCAUGGCACAGACUGGCCCCACCCAGUGCUGCUGCUGCUGUUGCUGUUCCCGCCCCCAGUGGUGGGGGCCAGUUACUGCAGGUAACUGGACUUUUUGUGCUGACUGGACGCUGCCAGUUUCCCUUUUCAACUGGAGGUUCCAAUCGAGAACCGGAGACCUGGCAACCCCAGAAUGGGUCCCACUUGCUGGACAGAGCCAGACAGAUUUUCCCCCCUCCCGCUGUGUUUGCUCCAUCCCUGGCACAGGGUGAUGCUGGUAAGAAAUAUGAUCCUUCCUUUCUUGUUCUCACAUCAAUUAAGAAAACAUGGUCCGGAACCUCAAAUGCUAUCUUCCUAUACAUAGAAAUCUCUACAAUAUCCUUUUCUUAGUUUAUUUUUCUUUAGAAGUACAUUGCCUGCAAAUAAUAGUGUCAGUGUCCACUGUUGAUUUCAAUGUACUGCUGGGCUCUUUAUGUUCUUGGUUCUAAGGACGCAACAAAUGAAGUUUGGUAAAGAAACAGACGGGAUUGUAUACCUUUACUGAAUCAUCAUAAAUUAAGUUCAUUGUAUUAAAGAUGCUGGCAUUUGAUGAUACAUAACAUGAAAUUUGGUGAUGCUUUAUUAGGAAACCUUUCUUCUUGGCCAUAAAUCAGUCGAAAGGGUGAUAUUUUGUUGUCAUGUGAGGUUAGAGUACAAAGAAAAUAAAGUUGCUCCAGGAAAUU